GCCCGUCCGGGGCUCUCUUUUACCUUGCCCUGCGCAUUUUGACUCGACGAUCAGGACGAACAAGACGACGCCGACGUCGACGAGUCGCGCUGAAUUACCACGCAGAUAUUCGAGGCUACUCCGCGCCUAAUCUUCGUGCUCGAACCUCCUCGUCCUCAACCUCGUUCGCUACUCGAGCUUCAUCACCGUUCCCAGGAUCGGUUCAAACAAAUCGGGACCCUUCUUCUGUUUCACCCUCACCUUUCCUCUCGUUCCCCAAACUUAUCCUCUUCCUAUCUGACACUUAACCAAAAAGUUACAUAUAUCAUUUUAUCCGUCACCCAGCGCUACGUCCGACUAUCAGUUCUAUCUCGAUACUCCGUUCCAGUACGCUCAGUUCGCAUCAUGGCAUACGCUCUCCGCAACGUUUCCAUACCACCAACCUUCCUUGCUGCUUGUGCCCGGAGUCGAUUGAAAACACUCGUAGGGUUUCAGCAGGAUUCUCCUCCUGUUGUCAAGUUUCACCUACCUAAAAGAUUCAUGGCACUCGGAUAUGUUUAUUUUAUUUUUUUCUGUGUACCGGUACACAGACGUUUCCUAUCGUGUAGAAAAUAUUUGAUCAUGUCUGUAUCAAUGCCGAAAAGAUGAAGUAGCGGGUUCUCUUUUCAUGUAAUCAUGUAUCCAAAAUUCUGGAAAACAGCAAUGUUGCUCAAUUUUCUAACCAACAUUUACGAUUAUUUCACGACGUCUGUUUUUCAAAGUAAGUUUGGCAUGAAAAUUAGGCCAUGGUGGGUGUAGAGCCUCUUCCUCGGUCUCUCUAGAUUGCUGUAUUGAUUUCUUUUGGCCAUCUCCCCUCUAGUUUGUCCUUUCCCCCUCACAUUCUCCACCCCCUUUGCCCGUUCCCCCACAAGCAUGCUGGCCACCCCACAUCAGGCAAAGCCUGCAUUCAAUAAGGGGAUGAGGGUAUAAUUCAUCAUUUAUAGCUUAGCAGGCUUUGUGAAAACAAUUAUUAUGCGAUAGUACAAAGUUAUGGUUCAUUUUUAAAUUUUUUCAGUUUUUCUCCACCUUACGUCAAACAGAUGUUCCUGCAAAACGUUUCCAAGUUCCUCUAAUCCCUAUAUUCUUUAAUUUCAUCAUUUGCCAUGGAUAAGAAAUUUUUUUAUCGAGGGCAUGAUAAUAAACAAUGGGUGAAUGAAAUUUUAGUUCCUAUUACUUGUAAUUUAUAAAUACAAUAUGAGUAUAAGAAUAUGCAUACCGAACCAAAUUGAAGACUUACACAGAAUAGGACUGUUUCAAUUCUGCCAAUAUUUCAAGUUUGGACAGUACCUGCUGUUGAUAUAUAAUCUCUGAAAUCAGUAUCAUUGGUUCUUAACUAAACCGGCACUUGUUGCGUACAAUUAAGACUUGCAAUACUGUCCAAAAUAUUAUGCUGGGGUUUUGAAACACCAUGAUAAGUAUAUCGAAACUGUGCUGAAAACUCCAUUUCAAGCUGUACUAGCUCAGUAACUUGAAAAAUGUUAUUUAUGGGGAACAAGUCUUAAAGUAGGCAGUUAGGAGACUGGCAAAAUUGGUAGUUCUCUCAGUUUAUUGUAUUCAGACAAGCCGAAACACAAAUAUAGUUUCUAAAAUAGUGUGUACCAGAAAUUGUGUUGAAAAGUAAUGAUUAAAAUUGCCAUCUUAUUUCAAAUUUUAUGCAUAAAAAUUUUUAGUUUUGACAAGUACAAAUACUUGCCAGAAUCAAAGCUGCAAUGAUGCAUCAAAGACCUCAAAUAAUUCUUCUGAAAGCUCGUGAGAUACAACUCACGCUGUCAAAAGUGAAGGAAAGGAUGGUGUCGCUGCCUAGUGCAGAAUCCGGAGCCUUGGACCGAAUGGACCGGCUCUCGGACGAAGACGAUGAUGAGCCAACUAGUGGAUCUGAGACGUACGAAGAGGGAGACCUUUUGUCGGCUGCAAUGGACGAUGAUGUUACCGCCCAGCUCGCCGCUGCAGGUUGGCAAAACAAACACGCUAAUGGGCCAGUCGGGGUAGCUGCAGCCGCUGCCAUCGUUUCAGCCAAGAAGCGAAAACGGCCUCAUAGUUUUGAGACUAAUCCUAGUACUCGUAAACGACAGCAAAAUAGGCUUCUACGAAAACUUAGGCAAACAAUCGACGAAUUUGCAACACGCGUUGGACAGCAAGCUGUUGUUCUUGUGGCGACACCUGGUAAGCCUAACAGCAGCUACAGGGUCUUUGGUGCCAAACCGCUGGAAGAUGUCGUUAAGAACCUUAGGAGUAUGGUAAUGGAAGAACUAGAGAGCGCAUUGGCUCAGCAAGCACCACCACCUGUACAAGAGGAUCCGUCCCUGUACGAACUACCUCCACUAAUAAUAGACGGCAUACCAACACCCGUUGAAAAAAUGACCCAGGCCCAGCUUAGGGCGUUUAUACCUUUGAUGCUGAAGUAUUCUACAGGCAGAGGUAAGCCUGGCUGGGGGCGCGAAAGUACUCGACCGCCUUGGUGGCCUGAAGAAUUACCUUGGGCCAAUGUUCGCAUGGAUGCUCGAUCCGAAGACGAGAAACAAAAGAUUUCUUGGACACAUGCAUUGAGGCAAAUCGUGAUAAACUGUUACAAGUUUCACGGCCGAGAGGAUCUACUACCAGCGUUUAGCGAAGAAGAUGACAAAACGACAAUUUUGAUUCAGCAACAAACGCCGCACUCUUCCUCGCAUCAGUCACAUGCUUCUAACCAAGGCCAAGGAAGCCAGUCAGGACAACAACAACAACAACAAACGAUGACAGCACAAUAUCCAACAGCGGUCUUGCAGACCAUAACAAAUCCCGAUGGAACGGUAUCAAUAAUACAAGUUGAUCCAAGCAAUCCUAUCAUUACACUACCAGAUGGAACAACGGCACAAGUUCAAGGUGUUGCUACGUUUGAUGAAAAUCUGCAUUCGUUUCAGAUCCACACAAGUCAAGGUGAGGUUCAAACUCUUGCCGAAGUUACGGGGGGAGGCGAGGGUGGCAGCGUUUCCGUCGACCUUAACAGCGUGACUGAGGCUACGCUGGGACAAGAUGGCCAGAUUAUCCUCACUGGGGAAGAUGGACACGGCUAUCCGGUUUCCGUAUCCGGCGUUAUCACUGUACCGGUAUCGGCCAGCAUGUACCAGACGAUGGUAGCCAACAUCCAGAGCGACGGUACCAUGCAGGUUGUCACUCCGAUGGUCCAGGUACCUAAGGUUGAACCAGGAAACGGCGAGACCAGCAUCGAGGCAGUUACUAUUCAGGGACAUCCCAUGACUAUGAUCAAUGCAGCUGGCGAGCACCAAGUUCUACAAGUUAUAUCGCUUAAGGAUGCCAAUGCUCUCACCAAGGCCAUGCAGGCUGAGGUUAUUAAGGACGAGGACAGCCAACAGCAACAGCAAGCCGCAUCUAGUCCCGAAUAAACUAAUUUCGAUGGUUACACGGUUUUACUUCUCAGGCACGAAACGAGCCGCGUGUUUUUCCAGUCUAUUUGGAUAUACAGAUUUGCAAUUAUGAAUUAUUUGCAAAUUGUAGCUCGAUUCGAUAUAUAUUGAAUAUAUUUAUAUAUACACGUUUGUUUCGCGGAUGUUGCAGGGCGCGUUAGGUAAAUUGACGCAUGUGUCAGACAUACCGUCUAGUCAAAAAAGUGUCCAAGCAGAAGAAUAGAUACAGUAUUCUUUGGCUGUAGAGUGAAAGUAAACAUGCAGAAACUGCCUAUGUCAACAUAUUUGAGAUAUUUCGUAAUCGUGUUGUUUUUGUGACCGCCAAUGUAUUCGCAUGAAUAUAUUCUACUCACUCUAUAAUCAUAUACCUUAAUUAGAGAGAGAUAAAUUUUAUCAAAGAAUCAAUCGAAAAAUUGAAUAAAUAAUGCAUACGUCAUUGAAAAUGGAUGAACGAUAUUCUUUUAGAGCUACAAAAAUAUUACAAUGUGGAAGUGACACCGGAAAAGAUGGCUGAUUUCCUCUUGUGCAUACAGCAUUGUCGAAUAUUUCGGUCAUAUUUCUUUAUUUCUCAAUUGCAAAAGUUACAUGCAUUUACAUAUCACUGUUUUUUAUAUACUUAAAUAUGCUUUAGCAUGAUGACAUUUAACAAAACCUCGUUUAAACUAUUGACAAUCUGUUAUAAUUCUAUGUUUGGUGAAAAAAGAAUACACGAUCAUAUUAUUAUUUACUCAAAGUAAUGAAAUAUAAAAUGAGAAAAAUCCGUUAAACUUCGCCAUGUGAUCUCUCCGGAGUCACUAGAUUGAAAUGAUCAUUUUCAAAUAAUUCCUUAACAAUGUCAAAAGCAUACUAUUAUUAAAUCUUCAAUCCCAUGAACUUUUAUUGCAUAUUUCAAAACUUACUUAUUUCUUGACAUUUUUGAAGACAUUUCUUGACCAUGUUGUAUGCUCGACAUUUUUAAUGCUUGACGAAUCACAACAGGUAACUAUUAUCCAGAUGAUAGACAUUUACUCUCUGUGAAGUAAAGUUUUGAAAAUUUUGUUGAAGGAUUAGUUUGCUGAAGUAACUUUGAAUGCCUUUAAAUUGAACGAUGUUUUUAAAUACAAAUUACAAAUAUUAGAAUCUUGUAAUAUGAUUACUGUGUUAUCGUUGUUACAAUUAUAGCUAAUGCUCUUCGAAUUUGAAAAAUUUAUAAGUUUUGCUAAAAACAAACAGUUGAUAUAUUUUAUUUGGAAACUUGGAAGUCAAUCAUUUAGAGAGGAAUGCACAAAAUCUUGUACCCUUUUAUGUGGCGUUGGCGUCAUAAAUCACGCGAGAAAAUGUCGGAACAUUAGUUUGCUAUUUUUGUGUAUGAUAUUAUGUAUUGCAUCGUCGUUAAUACAUCACACGUCAUACAGCGUUGGGUAAAUAAAAGGAUGAAUCUAGAAAUACUCGAAAGAAUGUUCGUACUCUCGUAAGAAAUUAUAAUGAACUAAUAAAAUAGAGCUUUAUUUGCGCGAUUUAUUUAACUACGUACACGAGUACUCACACGGCAUGUGUAAUUCUUGAAAUUGGAUAUAAGACGUGGAGUUGAUGAAACAAUUCAACCGUUAUUCACGUGUUUUUAUAUAGAUAAUGAGGUUUUUUUCUCUCUUAUUGUUAGUUUAAUUUUUUUCAAGAAUUUUGUCGCCUUUAAAAUGUGUACUGGAUAACGAUACAUUAUUUUUCAGGGUAUUUGUUGACAUGUUUUUUUUUUCUUUUUAAUUCUGUAGGUUUAUUAUACUUUCUCUACCUCUUGUUACAUUAUGUACUGUAUAUCGAAUUGUUUAUGUUGUAGCGGUAAUUUGUUCUAAUUCUAUCUGACCAUCGUAUUUCAUUGAUUAAUUUUUUUAUAUGAGCACAACGAACGAUCUUAGUAUGUGCUUGUUAUGCCUUAUGCGAAUUGCUAAUCAAUUUAAAUACGAAUAUUUCAAAGAAAAAAACGAUAAGAAAAAUUGUUAAAUAAAUCUAAAGAGUUUUACAUACUUCAUCGCAAAAGGGGAACAACGCAUCAUGGUACGCGCGGCUCGGAAUAGAUUGUUUAUUAUACAUACAGUGACCGUUGAUCUGCCUACUACUCGUUAUAAUAUCGUGCCAUGUAAAUAUAUUUAAAAUGGAAAAACUGUGUAGACGGGUAUGUGUACAUGAAUCGUUAAGGUGUGUAUGCGCGUGUGAAAGAUGCAGUGUGUGCAGGCAUGUGAAUUUGUGUAUGGUACGAAAGGUAUUCACCAUUGCUUAUAUUAUGACACCAGUGUAUGAGUCUGUACGCGUAAUGUAUGUAUGAUGACUUGGUUGUGUAUGAAUAGUCAAUUGUACAAAAAGAGAACAAAAACACAAAAAAAUAAAAAAAAUAAAAUAAAAGUAGAAUAAGGCCAGGAUGUGGGUUUGCCCGUUUUACCGUCAUUUAUUGAAGACGAUUUAUUCUAAUACCUGAUUUUAUAACAUAAAAUUAAAAAGAAAAGAUAAAAAAAAAAA